AUGAAUGCACCUGGAAAUAAUCAAAUGAUUGCCCCAAAAAUUCAAAAGCAAUUGGUGAAUGCUUGUGCAGUUGAAACCACAAAUAUUAUUCUAGCUGAUCUUGGAGAUAGAUGGUUCACUUUACUACUUGAUGAGGCUCGUGACUGUUCAGUGAAAGAGCAAAUGGCAGUUGUUAUUAGAUAUGUGAACAAGCAUGGAGAGGUGAUUGAACGAUUUAUGGCUGUAGUUCAUGUUGCAACAACUACAGUUGCUUGUUUGAAGGAGGCAAUCGACUCUUUAUUUGCUAAGUAUGGUUUAUCAGUGGCGAGAUUGAGGGGUCAAGGAUAUGAUGGUGCUUCAAAUAUGUCUGGAGAAUUUAAUGGCUUAAAGUCACUGAUAAUGAAAGAAAAUCCGUAUGCGUUGUAUGUUCAUUGUUUUGCUCAUCAACUCCAGCUAGUGGUUGUAGCGGUUGCUCAAGCAAAUCAAUAUGUUUGUGAUUUCAUGUGGAUUGUUGGUUCGAUUGUGAACACAUCUGCAUCAUCUUGCAAAAGGGCCGACAAACUUCGACAACUUGAACAUGAUAGAAAAGUUAAACUUCUUGAAAGAGGAGAGAUUAGUUCUGGUAGAGGACUAAACCAAGAAACUAGUCUAGCUAGACCUGGAGAUACACGAUGGGGGUCUCAUCAUUCAACUUUAUGUCGUAUUGAACAAAUGUGGCCAUCUGUUAUAGAGGUUAUCGAUAUUAUUCUACAGGAGAUGGAUAGUCGUUUCUCUGAAACAACUACAGAUUUGUUGAUUUAUAUGUCAUGUCUUGAUCCUAGGAACUCGUUCUCUAGAUUUGAUGUACAGAAGUUAGUGCGUCUGGCUCAUUUUUAUGAGGAUGAUUUUUCUUGGAAUGAGCGUAUGUUGGUUGAACAAGAGCUUGAAACAUAUAUUGAUGACGUCAGAUCAGAUGAACGGUUUGAAGACAUUUCAGAUUUGGGAGCUCUUGCAAAGAAAAUGAUUGAAACAAUGAAGAACCGUGUGUUUCCUUUGGUUUAUCCGAUGAUUGAGCUAGCCUUACUUCUUCCAGUUGCUACUGCAACUGUUGAAAGAGUGUUUUCGGCAACGAAUAUUGUCAAAACAGAUUUGCGAAACAAGAUUGAAGAUGAAUGGAUGAAUGAUAGUUUGGUAGUAUAUAUCGAGAAAGAUGUUUUUAAUACGACCGACAAUGAGUCAAUUUUACAGCGUUUUCAGAACAUGGAGUCUUGA